GAAAGGAAAAACAGAAUUUUCUUGUUCCGUGUUCUGAGAUUUCUUGGGUUAUUACGUGAGAAGUGUUUUCAUAGUCGCGGCAAUCGCUAAGAAUUAGUGUUUAAAAAUAGGCGCAUGUUCCAGAAAUCUUCAGAAUCUUCAAUCUGAACGAUUGCAGAAAGGGAUGCUUUUAGCAUCUAUUGUUUUCAAUUGUAAUCCAUCGUAGUCUUCGAUAUAAUAGCGAUGGCCCUACUCGGAGCGCAAUUAGUCAUUACCCUGAUUAUGGUCAGUGUAAUUCAAAAACUAAGUCCGCACUUCUCACUAGCCAGGUGGAUACUUUGCUCCACUGGGCUCACACGUUUCCUGCACCCAACGGAUGACGAGCUGAAGAAGCUAUCCGGAGUGCCACGCGAGAAGAGUAAAGGCAAAAAAGACAAACGAAAUGGCCAUCACCACCAGUUGAACGGAGAAAAGGCAUCUUCAUUUCACAUUCCGCGUAGCCUAGACAUUCAACUUGAAACGACACCGAUUUGUCCCUACGAUGUCGUGCAUUUACGCUUUUACACCGAGUAUCAGUGGUUGGUGGACUUUAGUCUAUAUGCCGCCAUAGUGUACACUACUUCGGAGGUGUACCACUACUUCUUUCCCUUAAAAGAGGAAAUUAACCUUAGCAUGUUAUGGUGCCUUCUUGUUGUGUUUUUUGCAUUUAAACUGCUUGCCUCUCUAACAGUACAAUAUUUUCAAAGCGAUGAAUCAAUCGGAGAGCGUUCCACUUGUAUCGUAACGGGCUUAGCAUACCUGGUUAUUGCUAUGAUGAUUUUGAUCGUUCCGGAGCACACGCUUGAGGUUGGCCUGGACAAAGCGUAUCAUAGCUUUAACGAAAGUGCAUCCAGCUUCUUGGAGGAUCAGGGCCUCAAUUCCUCUGGACCAGCAUCCAAAAUUGUGGUCAAGUUUUUCAUUGCCGUUAGCUGCGGUAUUCUAGGUGCUCUAUUCACUUUUCCAGGGUUACGGAUGGCCAGGAUGCACUGGGAUUCUUUGAAAUUUUGUCAAGAUAGAGUUUGUCUUAAACUGAUGUUGAACGUAAGUUUCGCUUUGCCCUUUCUAUUGGUAAUUUUGUGGAUAAAACCUAUCAGUAGAGACUACCUCACGGUACGCAUUUUUUCUGGAAUGAAUGCACCCCUACUCUCUACGGAAGCAUUUGAAACAAUCCGACUGAUAGCGGUGGUAGUGACGGUACUUCUCAGGUUUAUCCUGAUGCCUGUUUACUUGCAAGCAUACCUCAACCUUGCCCAUGAGCGUGUUGAGGAGCAGAAGAAAGAAGCCGGCCGCAUAACGAACAUAGAACUACAGAAGAAGAUAUCUUCCAUUUUUUACUACCUUUGUGUUGUUACACUACAGUACGUGGCACCAAUCUUGAUGUGCUUAUUCUUCGCUUUCAUGUACAAGACCCUAGGUGACUUCACAUGGUCAGGUAUUCUUAAACAAUCUGCUAUGGCGGAUGAAUGUUCCGCGGAUUUAGAAUACGAAAAGUCGGUGCUUGCUGCGAUGACAACUGAUAAUACAAUUAUUGAGACAAAUGAUUUCGCCACCGUAACACCACAGAGUGAGGAGGAAUUGGGAUCCAACAUAUUAUCCACAGCACAGAGCUUCCACCUUUCGUUACAAAGCCUAAAAUCAGUGUUCACCAAAGACGUAUAUCGCGGAAUUUUCGGAUUCGCAACAUGGUGGAGUUGCUUUAGUUGGUUUGCGGCUUCUUCCCUUGGCAUGGUUUAUCAAUCCUACUUCACCAAAUCAUAGAUCGUCAAUUAGUAAUUACAUUUAAAUAUAUUAUGUAAAUGCGGAACAAUUGCUACUGAUAGCAAUGGUUGCUCUUUGAAGAGCUUGCCCUAUUUUACACGAUUUUGCAUAGGCUCCAUAAACCAAAAUAAUUUGUGCAUCAAUAUCAGUUAACCGUCCGUCUGUCUAAUAUAGUCGGAGGAUAAUAUCAUUAGUCAAUGUUUGUUUGUUUUAUUUUUUGGUUUUAUCGAAUUCCCUGAGCUUUUUAUAAGAUAGUUUUAUUUUUCGUCGAAUCAAAAGAAUGUAUUGAAGCAAAAUCCUAGGUUUAUAGUAAAUCAUUCGCCACAAUAAAUGCAUUUUUGUAAUUGUAUUUGUUACAUAAAUUUAA